CUUGACUUUUUCGUGGAUAGACGAGUAAAUCUAUUGAUUUGUCGAAGGAGAGGAUCUCUUGAACAGAUAAUUUUAUUUUACGGUUUGAUUUGGAAGUUGUUUACCUGGUCUCUUCAGGAUGUCUGCAGGUACGUUUAUACUCUCAGUACUGAACUUAUUGUUUCCGUGUCGUUUCGGGGCUGACGAGAUGGGAAAUCGAAGCUCAGCAACGCCUUACACAGGUCUCUGGCCACUUGGGUAGUUCGAAAAGCUCGGGUAGAGCGAAGAUCUUGGAGAAGAAUCCAGAUGAUGUAUGCCAUCCCCAUGAUUGCUCCCCAGCUACGUCGAAGCAUUACUAACGCCCCCAAGAUCGUAGUAACAGCCUGUCUCCGAACAGCCUUCACGAAAGGCGGAAAAGGCGGGUUCAAAGAUACCGCUGCGGCAGAUCUGCUCAUUGGCGCGUUCAAAUCCCUUAUCGAGCGAUCGAAGAUUGAUCCGAAACUCGUGGAGGAUAUUGCUGUUGGGAGUGUUUUGCCUCCUGGGGGUGGAGCGACGGAGUUCAGGGCUGCGGCUCUUGCUGCGGGGUUUCCUGUUGAGACUGCGGUCAGAAGUUUGAAUAGACAGUGUUCGAGUGGGCUGCAGGCUUGUGUGGAUGUUGCGAAUCAGAUUCGUGCUGGGAUGAUUGAGAUUGGUGUCGGUGCGGGUGUGGAAUCGAUGAGUUUGCAGUAUGGGUAUGUGGAAGAGUCCUUUUUUUUCGUGGGUUUGGGGUGGUUUCAAAAAAAGAAACUAACAAUAUUGCAGACCUGGUGCUGUCACCGAAUUCUCGGAUCUUUUGGAAGCUCAUCCUGCUGCUGCAAACUGCAAAGUACCUAUGGGCGUUCUUUCCGAACAAAUGGCCAAGGACCGCAAAGUUGCCCGUAAGGAUCAAGAUGCUUUCGCAGCUAGCUCUUACCAAAAGGCUUUGAAAGCGCAAGAAGCCGGUUUGUUUGACGAGGAAAUUGCUCCUCUUACGGUCAAAUGGGAAGAUCCCAAGACCGGUGAUGAGAAAACAAUCACAGUCAGCAAAGAUGAUGGUGUCAGACCGGGCAUCACCGCUGAAAGUCUCAGCAAGAUCAAGCCUGCAUUUGCCAAAGACGGUUCCAUCCACGCCGGUAACGCGAGUCAGAUCUCGGAUGGUGCAGCUGCGGUUCUUCUCAUGAAGCGGUCUACCGCUGAGAAAUUGGGACAACAAAUCCUGGGCAAAUAUGUCGCGGCUUCGAUUGCUGGUGUUGAUCCUUUGCUCAUGGGUAUUGGUCCUUGGGCGUCUAUUCCCAAGGUCUUCGAGAAGACGGGCAUCAGCAAGGAUGAUGUUGAUAUUUUCGAGAUCAAUGAGGCUUUUGCCAGUCAGUGUCUUUGGUGUGCCAAUGAGUUGGGCCUGGAUCAGAAGAAGAUCAAUCCCAAAGGUGGAGCCAUUGCUUUUGGUCACCCCCUGGGAUGUACUGGUGCGAGACAGGUUAGCACUUUGCUUUAUGAAUUGAGAAGGAGAGGGGAGAAGGUUGGUGUGACGAGUAUGUGUAUUGGAACGGGUAUGGGAAUGGCAGCCGUAUGGGUUGCCGAGUAGGAAGGGAAUUGAAGAAAGUUGGAUAAACAUUAGGUUGUAAGAGUACUUGAAUAGAGAAAAAUUGAGACUUGAAAAUCUUGG